CCUUAAUUGCCAUGAUGCAGACGCCGAUCAAGUAGCGGCCAGUUGAACGGCCUGCAUUGGAUUGACGUAUCGGGGGCUAUGCAGAGAUCGAGGGUGUAAAUGGCCAGCACGAGACUUCUAGUGAGUUUCAUUAUAUCACUCGGGUGCUGGUCUGUGUUGGUAAUGGUCAAUAAAGCGAAGGUUAUGAAGGUUCUAGGGGUCGGACUGCGAGCGAAUGCACUGAUCAUCUCCGAAGAUAAAAGGAUGGUUUGGAAACUUGUCAAUAUUAGCCUUCAGGCUAUGAUGGCCAGGCGUCAGACCAGGGAUACAACCUUCAAAGAGCUUCAAGUCGAUGCUGAUUGCCUGGGCUUCAUAUUUGGUCCUGAGGUGCCAACAAUGCAGCAAAGCAACUGAGGUCGACAAACUAGGCGAAACUGCGGACUUAGUUGGAAGAAAUUUUGACUCGUUCGAAGCGCUACGAGAUGACACGCGCUGACUGGCGCCGAUCAUGGAGCGUAAUAUGGGGCGACUCGAACG